UCCUUAUGCUGUCCGAGCGACGUAAUGUGAAGGCUGACCUGUGUUUGUCUGGAGAGCUCAGACAGUGACCGAGAGCUCAGCCUCUAACCUCCACCUGACAUCUGUACAGAGCUCAGGAACAAUGUCCGGUGUGUGCUUUCUCCUUCUGAUGCUCCCUCUGCUAUCAGCUCAGACUUAUCACUGGGGUCCCUGUCCUACUCCGAAGGUGCAGCCCAACUUUAACCUUCAGCAGUACCUGGGUAAGUGGUAUGAGAUUGAGAAGCUGCCUGCUCCCUUUGCAAGAGGAAAGUGCAUUGAGAUAAACUACUCCAUUAGGAGAGAUGGGACCAUCCAGCUGUUGACCUCGCAGAUCUAUAAAGAUAAGAAGAGGCAUGCAGAAGGGACAGGUGUAGUUCCAGACCCACGAGAACCGGCCAAACUGGGAGUCAGUUUCUCAUAUUUCACUCCAUAUGUGCCAUACUGGGUUCUGACUACUGACUACACCAGCUUGUCCAUCGUGUACUCCUGCACAGACAUCCUUCGCAUAUUCCAUUUCAACUACAGCUGGAUUCUUGCACGGUCGCCAUAUCUGCCUCCAGAGACUGUGCGUUACGCCAAACAGCUGCUAAUUGAUGAAGGAAUCGACAUUUUCAGGAUGACACACACAGAUCAGAACUGCAAGGAUAAAUAAUAACCAAUGGACACAUUCAGUUAUUGCAGAGCGGCCUCUUGCCCUCCCAUGAACUCAUCCCAUUUCAAUAUAUCUAUUAUACACUGUUGCUGUCUUUUGAAAAGACAUGUAAAUUCUAAAUAAAAUGAUCAAUAAGUUAAAGUGUUAAAACUGUACUAAGGACUUAAUUAACCCAUUAUUUUAAUUAUUCCAAAUAAAUAACAUGAUGUACUUUUUUAUAAUUCUGCAUUGGCUGACAAUUUUAAAGCAAUAUCAGGCUGGCGUGAAGACCUGAAUGGCGGAUGAAGACAAAUAUGAAGAAAAAAAACAGAACUAGACAGGACACUAAAAAAGGAGGGAAAAGUUAAAACAAGAAACAAGAACAUGAAAAAGUGCCGAAGAAACAAAUAACUACAACACUGAGAAAAAAGAUAGAGGAGAUGAUAGAAUGAUGAUAUCAUGAUAUACAUUAUUCUCUGAACUUCAUGUUUGCAUAUUGACACUAGAAUGGAUCAUUUUCCUUGGCGAUGAAAAAAAAGGUUCUGUAUAUAUUACAGUUACUCAUUCAAACCAUCAUUAAUAUAUUGAACAUUCUAUUCUGAUUCACACUGAUUGGGGAAAUGCAGUAUUUUUAAUUAAUUUUUAGUUUUUAAGGGUUACCGCUGACAUGAUUUAUAUUAUUAUAAGAGGGAAAGUAUCACCUUUAUAUAGUCGUUAGAUUAUUCUUGCAGCACAGUGAUGCAGUGGUUUCUUUGUGGCAUGAAAACAUCACAAAGAUGUUGCUUUGUAGACAUUUUAAAUGAAUGUGCAUGUGAAUGCCUGACUGUUUCUCUGUGUCAGUCCUGGGAUUGAGUGGCAACCAGAACUAGCCAACUCUGAACUGGCAGCUGAGAAAUGGACUGAUAAUUGUUUCUGGAUUAGUGAAGAAGGCACCAGACGCGUAGCUUGUGGGGCUGUGAGGAUGUCAUUUCAUUUUAAUGGUGACAGUUUUAUUUGUCAAGUUUAAGAAUGUGGAACCAGCAAAUAUUUGGCUUCAUCCUUACAAAUGUGACUAAAAUAAAAUAAAAAGUGUUUGCAAA